GCGCCUCUAGCUUCUCCUCGCGAGAGACUUCGUGCUCAUGCUCGCUGCAGGGGUCGGAGGUCAGGGAGAGCGCCUCGCGGGCCAUAGGAGGAAGAUGGCGGUAGAAUCGCGCGUCACCCAGGAGGAAAUUAAGAAGGAGCCGGAGAAGCCGAUCGACCGCGAGAAGACCUGCCCGUUGCUGCUCCGGGUCUUCACCACCAAUAACGGCCGCCACCACCGAAUGGACGAGUUCUCCCGCGGGAACGUACCAUCCAGCGAGCUGCAGAUCUACACUUGGAUGGAUGCAACCUUGAAAGAACUGACUAGUUUAGUAAAAGAAGUCUACCCAGAAGCUAGAAAGAAGGGCACACACUUCAAUUUUGCAAUCGUUUUUACAGAUCUUAAAAGACCUGGCUAUCGAGUUAAGGAGAUUGGCAGCACCAUGUCUGGCCGAAAGGGGACUGAUGAUUCCAUGACCCUGCAGUCGCAGAAGUUCCAAAUAGGAGAUUAUUUGGAUAUAGCGAUUACCCCUCCAAAUCGAGCACCACCUCCUUCGGGGCGCAUGAGACCCUAUUAAAUUCUAUUUACUAUUUCUUGAGUUUAUUUUUUGGUCAGUUAUGUAAAAUAAACUUACAUGUUCUUUUUCCUCCUCUGAUUAUUGCCAUUAAGCCUUUAAAUUCUAAACAAAUUAUAAUGCAUCUAUUUAGGAGUUUAGAUUUGGAUGUGCUAUGGUAUGAAUAUUAAUAGAAAAUCCAUGUGUUUCAAGCCUUUCUGUAAACUAUGAAGAAAAGUGCUCUUACCAUUCUGUGUAAAACUGUAUUGUUAAAUACAUGUGUGUACUCAGCCUGAGUGUGAAAGUUAAUGGAGGCAUGGAAACAGGGUUUAAUCUCAUGUUGGAAGAGGGUAUGUUUAAGGCCAAAAAGGGCACAGCAAGAAAGCCUUGAGAUUGUAUGAAAUCAAGUGUGACUUUGUCAGAUAGACUGUUGUGUGCAAUUAGGAAAAGGAGCUGUGAGAAUGAGGCGAUGUGGCAGCAGAGGUGUUCUGGAAUGGUGGAGCUGAGCCAAACUGAAGCACCUGUUAGGAGAGAUUGGCCUGCCUUGAUCAGGGUACUGUGACAUAAAAGGUUACAGAAAAGAACAGGUACCACAGUGAGGGGUUUUCAUGUUUUAGAAAUGGGGGCAAUAGGGCAUUUUGAAGGCAGGAACCAGUAUAGAGGAAACAGGAUUAGAACACAGGGUAAGGGUGGAAAGGUUGGAGAGAUGGAUUAAAGACAAAUCUUAAGACCAAGUGCAAAGAGCCAGGGAUGAGGUCAGAUUGAGUAGGAGAUAUUCACACAUCCUGCUGUGUGCUGGGGCUGGUGUGCAUCCAGUUUGAGAGGCAGUAUAGCAUAGCAGUUAAGACCUUGGGGCAAAACAGUUACAUCCCGAUUGUACCAGUAGCUCUGCAACCUUGGACAGAUGACUUGGAUCAAGUCUUUAUUCUGUAAAAUGGAGAUAACAGUUUGUGGGAUUGUGAAGAUUAUUUGCAAAGGGCUUAGAGUAGUGCCUGACAGAUAAGAAUAACUACUGGUUAAUGGCCAUAAAGUGGAGUUCAGUCAAAACUGGAACCCUGGCUUUCAUGGAAAUACUAUACUUCUGUUUUGAAGUUUAUAAACAGUAUGGCAGUGUGUACUGAGCCUAAUUACCUUUAGUCUGUUA